GAAACUUAAGUACCUUAUUAGUGCAUAUCCAUAUGUUUAAUUUAAAUGAAGUAUAACUAACUAUGUUGGAAUAUAUCACAGAUAAUGCCAAUAGAACGACCUGCCUUAUAGACAAAAAACAUAGCGUUAUUAGUAAUGUCUACAAUGGUAUUGCUGAAACUUUAUUGCUUAACGUACUCGGCUGGAUAGGCCUGCUGCUUCUAUUUGCCAUUUUGCGAAAAAAAGCAUGGAAUUAUGGUCGACUGGCGUUAGUUCGAUCUGUUGACAACGCGGUUUGGACCCAAUUGUUCUAUGGAAAUAACGAUGACCCAGAUAUCAUUACGACAGAUAGCAAUGCAGACUCGAUGUUGAAUAUCGACCGAGGCAUUUGCUGUUGGCUUCCUGCAGUUUUCAAAAUUACGAAACAUCAAUUUCUCACGAGAUGUGGUCCAGAUGCUGUUCACUAUUUAUCAUUUCAAAGACACUUGUUGUUUAUAAUGGCAAUUGUUACAUCUAUAUCCACUUGCAUUGUAUUACCUAUAAAUUUUCAAGGAAAUCUAUCAGGCAAUGAAACAUCCUUCGGACACACAACUGUGGUUAAUCUCGAUUCAGAUUCACCAUGGCUAUGGAGUCACAUCAUAAUAGCUAUGGCGUAUGUUCCAAUGUUUAUUCUCAUCAUGAGAAAAUGCUCUGGCAGAGUGCCGCCUCCUAAAGAAGCAACAAGGACAAUUAUGGUUUCAAACAUAUCUGCUGCAGACAGUAAUAAAACUACAAUAGCUGAAUAUAUUCGACAACUAUUUCCAGAUAUUGAAAUCAUGGACGUCCAAAUGGCUUAUAAUGUUGCAAAAUUAACAGUAUUGCACGAUUCUUGGGAAACGGCUUUUAAGGCACGAGUGUUUUGCGAAGCCCACAAUAAACGUGUGAAGACAAACCUGACGCUGAGAGAGGACUGGUGUUCUUGUGAAAGAACUGACGCCCUAGAAUAUUAUGCAAGACAAGAAACAAAACUCCGAGGAGAAUUGGAAAGACAAAAGGCAUAUGCACUAAGCAAACCUUUAGGAAUUGCUUUUGUUACUGUUUACACUUCAGAAGCUGCAGACCACAUAGUUGAAUAUUUUCAACCAGGAACUUACAGAGUGUGGAUGAUUGAACAUGCACCCACCCCAUCAGACAUAUUUUGGGAGAACCUUAAUACAAGUACAGGUUUUUGGUAUACGAAAGCUAUUUUGAUCAACUGUAUUUUAUUUAUAAUUUUAUUUUUUGUAACUACACCAGCAAUCAUUGUUAACAUGUUAGAUACAUUGCAUAUGAUAAAUAAUGGCACUAUUAACAACAUAAGCCCAAUUGUUUCAGAAUUUUUACCUACAUUAAUACUUUGGACUAUGUCAGCUCUUUUGCCUGUUCUCGUGUCAUAUUCUGAUCAAUGGCUUUCUCAUUGGACUCGAUCACAACAGAAUCAUGCUAUUAUGACUAAAACUUUUGGCUUUUUAUUAUUUAUGAUUUUAAUUUUACCAUCUUUAGGGCUUACUAGUGCUGAAGCAUUAUUGGAAUGGAGUUUGCAAACAAAGGAUCGGACAUACCGUUGGGAUUGUGUAUUUUUACCUGAUAAAGGUGCUUUCUUUGUUAAUUAUGUUAUUACUUCAGCUUUCAUUGGUACUUCUUUGGAAUUAAUAAGAUUUCCUGAGCUGGCAAUGUACAUUUGGAAAUUAUGCAUGGCUAAAUCUAUUGCUGAAACUUUCAGUAUCAGGAAGUCUAUUCUUAGAGAGUUUCCUUUUGGUGCUCAUUAUGCAUGGACUUUGAUGAUUUUCACCACAUCUGUUGUAUAUAGCUUAGCUUGUCCGUUGAUAACACCAUUUGCAUUAAUUUAUUUGGGCUUAAAGCAUUGUGGAGAUCGACAUAACUUAUACUUUGCCUAUGGGCCUAGUAACAUGUCCAGUAGGGGUGGUGGUCGUAUCCACGCAACUGCUGUUCAACUCACUAGGGUUAGUUUGGUGCUUCUGAUGAUUUCCAUGGCAGCUUUAUCAUUUAUUAGGACUGGUGGCUUCAAUGCCCGCGUUGUUGUAAUGCUGAUUUCUUUAGCAUGCACUGUUGGAGCAUUAUUUUGGCUAAGUCCUUUUCCUACUUGUACUUCGAGUACUCCACAAGCCAUUGAAGGUACUGAAGAGUCUAUUCCUGUAUACAUUGCGCCCGUAUUGCAAAAUCAGAUUCCAUUCUCUGACAGUACCCUACAACAUUUUAAUUAUGGUUCAGACUCUCCAGAUACACCAGUAGAUGUAUCAGCGUAAAUUUAGAUUUUAUAGUAUUUAUUUAUUAUUUUAUUUGAUUUACUUAUAUGUAAAGGAUCAAGAAAAACCUUGUAAAUAAUUGAGUCACAGAAUUCAUUUUUUA